AGUGAUAAUUGUGUAGCAAUUGACAGUGCAGCAUAAAAUAUCGUGUACGUAGAUGCACGUUAUUAUUCAGAUCGAAAUUACGGAUUAAUCCUAAGAUGUCAUCGCCUGCACAAGUGUUAAAAGGUGUCGGCCCAAAGCUAGUCCCAUUCUUUAAAAGCGUAUCCGUAUAUUUUAUAUUACUGGCCGAGCAACCUUCCUUGUUGACAGCAUGUUUCAAGUGUUUACCAAUUAUAAGUCUAAUCGUCUUUGUUCUCCUACACGGAAUUAGUUUAUCGCAGGAAUACACCUUCUCCAGGCGAAUAUUGACGGGUUUGAUAUUCAGUUGCAUCGGAGAUGCGCUAUUGGUUUGGCCCAACUGCUUCACGCCAGGGAUGUGCAUGUUCGCCCUAGCCCAAAUCAUGUACAUCAGUGCGUUCGGUUUUAUACCGCUUAAUAUAAUGCUAGGUACAAUUCUAUACGCAAUGUGUUCGCUAGUCAUAUACACUCUGAUGCCUGGUUUAAAUGGCAUCCUGGUUAUUGGAGUGCCAAUUUACACUGUAUUAUUGACCACCAUGGCAUGGAGGGCCAUUUCAAGAGUACAAUUUUACAAAGAGUUAUGGACGUGGACUAAAUUAUGCAGUUGUAUCGGUAGUAUAUGUUUCGUCAUAUCUGAUACCCUGCUUGGUUUUCACUAUUUCCAUACUCCGUUACCUUACUCUCAGGUAUCUAUAAUGUUAACGUAUUACGCAGCUCAACUGGGAAUAGCUUUGAGCGCAGUGGGCUCCAAGAAUAGUAACAAUAAUAACAACGUUAGCAACGAUAAAAAUGAUGCAGCCCUGGUAAAGGGUUAA